GGCAGUUGUACACACCGUCGACUUGACUUGACUUGAAUACCCAAUUAUAUCGGGUUUGCCGGAAUACAAUGAUCAGAAUUCGUGGAAAAAGAGUUUUAACGGUUUUAGCUUUUGUGAUGGCAAUUUGUGUAUCUUUCCAGCUAGGUCUUAUAUGGAGUACUCGUUCCUCCUUUUCUGACAUUGUUCGUGAACAACCAGAUGUCGAAAGCCAUAUGCAGCGGUUGCAAUUACGAGAACUGACAAUGAAUCACACGACAACUUCUACUUCGCAAGUUAAUUACAAAUCAUUUCUUAUAACCAGGAGAUCUUGUAUGCAACAUUACGAUCUUCUUAUCAUUAUCUCAUCCGCUCCAGGUAACUUCGAAAGAAGGAAUAACAUUCGUAAGACAUGGGCAUUUGAAAGAUCCGCAAAACCAAGAUGGACGUCCGUUUUUCUUGUCGCUCAAACACGGAAUGAAACAGUUUCGAACGUGUUGCUUGACGAAGAUGAAGCUCUUAAGGACCUCGUUCGAGCUAGCUAUUAUGACCACUACUGGAAUCAAACCCGAAAGAUACAAAUGGGCUUCGAGUGGGCAGUAACGUAUUGCAAUUUCUCGUUUCUUUUGAAAUUGGAUGACGACGUUUUCGUGCACGUUCCAAGAGUUCUCUCCUUCUUAAGCGCACCCACCACGCCGAAGAAGAUGCUUUAUGCUGGCUGUCAUUAUGCAAACAUGGGCCCUCAUAGGAAAGGCAAAUGGAUGGUAACUUACGAGGAGUAUAACGAGACAAGAUAUCCAGACUUUUGCCCCGGUUUUGGAUACAUUUUAUCUCACGAUGUUGUGCGCGCAUUUGUUGACACUUUCUCUUCUUUGCCGUUCUUCAGACUGGACGAUGUUUACGUUGGCAUGCUGGCGAGUAAGAACGGAAUAAGUAUCACAAACAAUGUGGGCUUUGAAGUAUGGCAUCCACCCCAAUAUGUAUGUGUUCCAACAAAGGAUACUUUAGUCAGGCAUGAUGUAGGGGAAGAGUGCCAGAUGAAAAUGUUUAACUUAACCAUUUUCCCUCAGUAGUUCAAUGGCGUGGUUAGUACAUACGAAUAUUUAGACAAAUUCUUCAGCGAAUGAUGUUUCCCUGUUCGAUAUCCGUUGUUGAUUUGAAUGCAGCUAAUUAAAGCUAUCUUUGUCUUGAAUGGGCGUUGCUCGAAGAAUCAGAAUCAGGGCAUUGGAUGCUACAACAUUCACCGACAAUCAGGCUGAGUGUCAGAGGGAGUUGUAUAUCUGUCACUAUUAGCAGUAGAUAUCGAGAUACGACUAUCGCAGUUUAUUAUUUUAUAGGGAAUGUUAUUGAAUCUUAUUGCUCUCUCAUCUUAUAAAAAUUGAUUGCAACUUUAAAUACAUUUAUUUUUCCUUGAAAAUGCACAAAAAGUGACUGUGGAGAAGUUUGUUGGAAACUAUCAAAAUGUGAUGUAAGAUUUAGCUCUUACCGACCUAAGAGCAAUGAAGACUUUAUAUUCUUUGAUCCAGAAACAUACAGGGUGAGGAAGCAAGAGACACGGAAAAAUUUAUAUCAGAAAUGAAGUUGAUAAAAUGAACUCUUCCAGCGGGUUUUUAAGCAAUCUUAAAACAUUGACUCAUACAUGUAACCAAAGAUUACUCAACGGAACUAUUCCGUUUCAGUGUAGAAUAGAAACUGUCACACUGCUACAGAGGUCAGAUAAUUUCUAGGAUUUCAAUUUUACUUUUACCUAUUAAAAGAGAGUUCUCAUUAUUAUGCUCAGAAAUGCUGACUAAAAACCUGGUUUUGAUGUAAAAAAGAUGUUGGUUAGAGUAUUUAUGUUUUAAAUAUUGUCAGUUUAGAAUUCAUAAACUCAUAUUAAUUCAAUUCAAGUCAAUUCAGUUGUACUGUUAUAUUUACAGCUUGACAUCUACUGCUCGCAGAUAGCAACAGUUAGUCGAGGCAAGCAGUAGUUUCACACAUAUUAAGAAAAACUUUACGGUAACAAAUCACAGAAAAGAGAUAAAUAUUCACUUGAUAGUUAUGCUAAAUAAGGCUGAUUAAAAACCUGAAUAUACUAUAAAAAUAUGUUGGUUAGAGUGU